AUGUCUGAUCAAACCUGGAAAACCAAGCCGCCAUACCAAAAGCCCGACGAAGCUUUCAACAAGGUGUUGCAGGGCGCUUGUCAUUGUGGUCAAGUAAAAUACUGGCUAAGCAAAGAUAGCCCUCUGGCUUCCAAGUACUGUCAUUGUGGUGACUGCAAAGUGAUCCAUGGCGCUCCCUUUCAAUGGGCGGCGAUAUUCCAAAAAUCAGACUUGGCAUUCGAAAACGGUGCCGAAAACCUGCGCUUCUACAACUCUGGCUCCAAAUCAUUAGAGCAUGAGCUACCCUGCAAAGUGAGCUGCUCCCAAUGUGGGACACUCAUCAUGGAUGAAGGACGGAACAUGGUAUUGCUAUUUCCGACGCUUCUAAAAUUCCAAAAUCAGAUCCAGAAGAAGAACUUUGAGGUUCAGUGUCACAUGUUCUAUCCCCAGAGGGUCGUUGACUUGCCGGAUGGUAAGCCAAAGUGGGCAGGGUUAGAUGGGAAGAGCGAGUUAGUACCGGAAUCCUAA